UCUGAGCGAAGCUCCCUCCCCUCUCUGCGCAUGGGAAGGGGAGAGGUGCAGCCGCCGCUGCCAGUCCGGGAUGGUGGUGGGUGGAGAGGACAGGAUUUCCCUACACGACUGCUGCCUCUGCAUUUUUAAUGUCACGGCUUUGCGGCUUUUGCAUGCAGACCAGGCACCCUUAUGGCCACAGCAAGGGAGAGCGGAGAGGGGGCAAGAUGCGAACGCAGGACAUGAGCCCAUAGACCGGAGAAGCUCAGAUUGACAGCUGGAAAAACCCAAAUAUUGCUGAGAGUCUUCAGUUAACAUGGCCAAGGACGGAUCCUUUGCGCCUUGGGACUAAGUAGGCGCCUCUUGAUCCAGUUCUGAAAUGGAUGUGUCCAGCCAGGCAGGGGAGACUUCAGAGAGAGGGCCUGAUGCCACCCAGUUGGGGAGCAGUGUGGGAUUCUGGGAAGAAGCUGUGCAAAGGAUCCUGGCCAAGGGUAAUGCCUGCUCAGAUGUUCAGCGCCAGCAAUUCAGUGAGUUCUGCUACCAGGAGGACGACGGGCCCCGAGAAGUUUGCAGCCGACUCCACAGUGUCUGCCAUCAGUGGCUGAAGCCAGAGAUUCACACGAAAGCCCAGAUGCUGGACCUGGUGAUCCUGGAGCAGUUCCUGGCCGUCCUCCCCCCGGAGAUGGAGAGCUGGGUCAGGGAAUGCGGAGCGGAGAGCAGUUCCCAAGCGGUGGCCCUAGCAGAAGGUUUCCUCCUGAGCCAAGCUGAGGGAAAGAGGGAGGAGAAGGAGGAGCAGGUUCAGGGCCCGUUCUUGGAGGUGGUUGCUAAUCACCCCAAAUUGAAGAAGGAUUUGCUCUUGGAGGGGAUCACCCAGGAGGUUCAAAGUCGGGACACCUUGCUGGGGAAUGGGAUUACGUCGCUGAUGCUCCAGGAAACAUCUCCUCUUUAUAGCGGAGUGGAAACAGCUGCCUUGCAGCCAGCACAGAGUCUGGUGGUGACCUUUGAGGAGGUGGCCGUGUAUUUCACCAAUGAGGAGUGGGCUCUGCUGGGUGCAGGCCAGAAAGCCCUUCACCGGGAAGUCAUGCUGGAGAAUUCUAGGAAUGUGGCCUCCCUGGAUUUCUCUCUUCCGGCAGGUGACAGGUGGGAUGGUAAGAAAGAUGAUGGACCAUGUCUGGUGUCAUCGGAGAGAAUCAAGCUUCAAGAGGUGGAAGAGAACGUCAGAAAUCAAGAGGGUCCAAAAGAACAGGAGGAAAACCAAGAAGAGAAGUGGAAGAAUACAUCUUGGCAGGGGAGCAACUUCUAUGAAAUUCCAAUUCGUCAAGAAAAGCAAAAAGGAAAGGAAAGGAAUGCUUGCCCGGUGUGUGGGAAAAUGUUUAGCCAGAAAUCAGACCUUAAUGCCCAUAAGAGGAUCCAUACAGGAGAGAAACCAUAUGCAUGUCGGGAGUGUGGCAAGAGCUUCAAUAGGAGCUCAAACCUUACUUCCCAUAAAAGAAUCCACACAGGAGAGAAACCAUAUAAAUGCCUCGAGUGUGGAAAGAGUUUCAGAGAGAGUGCCAACUUUACUUCACAUCAACGAAUCCACACAGGGGAGAGACCAUAUAAGUGUUCAGAGUGUGGAAAGAGCUUCAACAGGCGUACAAACCUCACUUCCCAUCUAAGGAAACACACAGGAGAGAAACCGUAUAACUGCUCAAUAUGUAGUAGGAGUUUUUGUGAUAAAUCGGUCUUCAAUUUACAUCAGUUAAUUCAUUCAAGGGAUAAGCCACACAAAUGUUUGGCAUGUGGUAAGAGUUUCAUUCGACGUUCACAACUUACUUCCCAUGAAGGGAUCCACACAGGGGAGAAACCAUAUAUAUGCUUAGUGUGUGGAAAGAGCUUCCAUCGGAGCUCCAAUCUUACGUCACAUCAAAGAAUCCAUGCAGGAGAGAGACCUUAUAACUGCUCAGAAUGUAGCAAGAGCUUUUAUGACAAAUCACAUCUCCUUAUACACCAAAGAAUGCACACAGGGGAAAAACCAUAUAAAUGCCUAGAGUGUGGAAAGGACUUUAGGCAUCAUACAAACCUUGCUUCUCAUCAAAGAACACACAGAGGAGAGAAACCCUAUAACUGCAUGGAUUGUAGCAAGAGCUUUUAUGAUAAACACCACCUUCUUAUACACCAAAGAAUUCACACAGGUGAGAAACCCUAUCAGUGUUCAGAGUGUGGAAAGAGCUUCAGCCAGAGUUCAAGCCUUACUUCCCAUCAAAGGGUUCACACAGAAGAAAAACCAUAUCAGUGCAUGGAGUGUGGAAAGAACUUCAGUCAGAGGAAAAAUCUUACUAGACAUCAAAAGAUCCACUCAGGAGAAAAACCAUAUCAAUGCAUGGAAUGUGAAAAGAGCUUUUCUGAUAAGUGUACACUAAAGAGGCAUCAACAAAUUCACAGAGGGGAAGGAAAAUCCAAAAUGUCUUGGAAUGUUGAAAUGGAUUCAGAUGGUGCACCAAUCUUAUGCCCCAUCAGAGAAUUUUCACAGGAAAACUAGUACAUAAUUCCUGAUAUUUAGUAACAAUAGUCCAUUAUUAGAAAAUUCAUAUUGAAGAGACACUUCCCCCCCCUUCCUCAUGUGGGAAGCUGUUCUGUCAGUGUCGGUUGUAUUAAUGUGAAAUCUGUUGUAAGGAACCUUAAUGCAGAUAAAAGCUGAUGUUGACAGACCAUGAUUGCAAUCACCCUCCAUUCAAAAAUGAAAGUAGGGCCUUUUUUUUUUUACUUUGGAUGUGUAAUCUCUCUUAGCUAUUAACAUAUGUUUUGUGCCUUACUGAGUCCUGAUCACUUGCAAAAUAUUGUAUUUUAAUAUGUUUUUGUAUUAUUGCAUUUCUAUGCCGCCUUUCCUCCAAGGGACUCACGGUUCUUAUCCUCACAACAACCCUGUG